UUUCAAUGUUAUUAUUGUCGUAUCAUACGGAAGAGAAAAACACUUACAAUAUCCAAAUAUGAUGCUUACAAACAAUCAUUAUCUCUUUCUUUACAAACUAUAUUCAUUAUAUAAGCGUAAAGUGUGACAGAAAGAGUAACCCCAAGCUAGUUCAUGUUAUAACCUAUUCAUUGGAUGUCAUGAAAAAAAGCUAUUAAUGUUACAUUCUGAGAACUAACAUGUGCAAAAGAUGAUAAAUAUUGGCCAUAAAUUUUGCUAUUUAUACACCAAAAUGAUUCAGAAAUCGAACAUUUUACGCCUUCCAGUGCUGGUUAGAAGUCAGAAAUAUGUUAUUAGAACUUGUACCACUACGUCACAGACUACUGAUGAUGAAAAAGCGCGCGAAUUGGAAAGAAUAGCCAAAGAAGCUUCAAUAGACGAACCUCCAACGAGUUGUUGCCAGUCCGGCUGCGCUAACUGUGUGUACAUUGUAUGGGCAGAGGCCCUUUCAGCCAAAAUACAAAAUGUUGGCCCUGAAGUCAGUGACAAAAUCCUAGAAAUGGUACAAGAUCCAUCCAUGAAAGCAUACCUUGAAAUGGAAUUGAGGAUAAGAGGGUUAAAAAAAUGAAUUUGUAGAUGUUCAAAUUUAAAAAGUGUGAAUUCCACAUUGUAGUUAACAAUAUAAGCCCCUUUUUAUUUUAUUCAGCUUAGUCAUGUAAUUCUUGAUGAGGAGCUUGACUAGCUUUAAACUGUCAAACACCAAACGAUCACCGGUGACCGCAACCUAUUGUUCUAUAAUUGUGUCUACAA